GUGAGAGCAAGUGAAUUUUGCAGAGAUCUCACAUAUAUAGGUUGCUGGCAUGCAUGAUGAUGCUUUAUGCUCAGAUCAUCUUAUAAAUAACCACACUUACUGCACCACUAUUCCGCGUAGUUGCAAUAACAAUGCCAAACGAUUUAGACUACAAGACAAAGAUUUUUCAAACGAUAGCACCUAAAGAUUGGUUGGAAAAGAUGAUUGGCGUAGGAUUAAUACCUACCUUAAUUGGUCGAAACAGCCAGAUUUUUGAAGCAUUAACGACACAAGGGGGACUGCCUCGAAAUACCAGUGGUGAAGAACCAAUCUAUUUGGCUCUUGUGUUGUUUGAAAGUGAAAGAUAUGAGUCUCAAGCGAGCGUCUCGCAUGGAUUCCCUCAUAAAGAACUACUCCUCGAAAAGCUUGAAAGUGAUGGUGACUGGAUUGAUGGAGCAAAGCGGGAUAUAUUUCUAUCUCGAUCCAACAUCAAACUCAACGUAGACCAUAUAAACUAUGGCGAGUCCGAGCUUCCCCUCACUGCCGUUGUCCGAAGAAUUGUGGAAAACAAUCCAAACCAAACAUGGAUUUUAAAUGAGAUAACAACGUCGGCAAUUUCAUACGGCAAGGGCGAUAUUGAGGUCGAAAAUGCAUUCUACGAUUGGCAAAAGCAACGCCUCUACGUAGUAGCAACAAUUGGCAAAUGUGUAGACACUUGGAUUUUCGGGACCAAAGGAAAGGAGCGGGACUAAUACUUUGUAUGAUUUUCUAAGCCAGUGUUAGACUUUAUGAAAAGGGCAAUAUGAUGCUGAUACGACUGUUGUGGUUUUGAAGUAUGGCUGGGGCCACGUGGGAAAGGGUUUCCCGUGCAUCUAAGAUAGUAG